AGUCAACAACGAUUUAAACCAACCUGAACUAACCUGAGGAUCUUGUCUACAAACUCUGACUACACUUACUAAUUUUGCAACAAGACACAAGAGGUCUUCAGCAUGGUGUCAAUGGGAAAACAGAUGCUGGGCCUAGCCCUGGCUCUCAUUGGGUUCCUGGGGACCAUCAUUGUGUGCGCCUUGCCUAUGUGGAAAGUUACAGCCUUCAUCGGUGCCAACAUAGUAACGGCUCAGGUCAUCUGGGAGGGCGUGUGGAUGAACUGUGUGACCCAGAGCACGGGACAAAUGCAGUGCAAGAUUUACGACUCCGUCUUGGCUUUACCCCAGGACCUGCAGGUUGCCAGAGCUAUGCUGGUCAUUGCCAUCAUUGUGGCAUUUUUGGGCAUUUUACUGUGCAUUUUGGGAGGAAAGUGUACCAACUUCAUAGAAGAUGAGGUGUCAAAAGUUAAAGUAGUCAUUGCCAGUGGGGUCAUUUUCAUUUUGGCUGGCAUUCUCAUCCUUGUCCCAGUCUGCUGGACAGCCAACACCAUCAUCAGGGACUUCUACAACCCUCUGCUGAUCGAGGCCCAGAGGAGGGAGCUGGGAGCAUCACUGUACAUUGGCUGGGCCACCGCAGGUCUCCUGAUCCUGGGAGGAGGGCUCCUCUGCAGCUCCUGCCCACCUAAGCAAGAACAUGACAACUACCCAGUCAAGUACUCACAGGCAAAGUCCACAGCUACCAGCCAAGCCUACGUUUGAGCUUGAAACUGACUUUGAAUUAUUAAAAGAUGAUCUUUGUUAUGUGAAGAUUAUCUUUGGUAAUCCAAAGAUAAUCUCUAGAUGGGAAUUGAAAAGUGACUGGUAUUAUCAAGCUCUUAACAUUGUGUAACUAUAUAAAAACAUUUCGACAUGGAUAUAAAAUCAGAACAGAGUCUGUGAAAAUGUAUUUAAUGAGCACUUAUGAACUAUGCAAGAAAAAUAAUAACAAUACAAAUAAUUAGUGCUACUGUGUAUAGUAUUUUGUAUGGAAAUAGCCAUGGAGUGAUGACUGAAUGGAAGCCUUUUCCCUAGUCCAAAACUCUCAUUUAUUGUAAAAGUACAGCGUUUAUUGAAGUUAUAAUAUCAAUAUUCAUUUAAUAACAUGUACUAAUGUGAGAAUGAAACUAUAUUCUGUAUAAAUGUAUCAUUGACCUGUAAUAAAUUAUUUUUUUUACCAUUGAUCACUGUAUUUUGCAAUUUUUGCAUUUUAAAUGUUGAUUGCUUGUUGAUUGUAUGCAAUGUGUUUAAAUAAAGUCCACGGUAC